ACUUCUGUAUUCAUCACUGACCUAAGCUUCUGUUUAGUGCGUUGUUGGCAUACAUGGGGAAAUUAGAUAAAGUUAGUUAUUUGUUAUAAAAAGUGGGAGGUUCAAAUCUAGUGUAUGAAUUGAUCAAGGAUUCAUGCAGUCACCCCAUUGUGUAAUCUCAUCACAGGAAGUGUUUGGAUCACUAAACUGAGCUCAAUAUCAAGGCUGAGAUGUGGAGCAUAGCUGCAUUGGUGUUAGUGCUGACAGGGUCUGCCUCUUGCUACAUCACGUGCCCUGGUGGGAAGGUCUGCUCUGAUCAAACAACCUGUUGUUUGACUAAAGGAGGAUAUGCCUGCUGUCCAGUUCCCAAUGCGGUGUGUUGCUCUGACAUGGCCCACUGUUGCCCAUCAGACUUCAACUGCAAUGCCAUCACCCAGAAGUGUGAGAAAGGCGACCAUCCAUGGAGCAGUGUGCCCAUGCUGAACAAGGUGGCUGCAGAGGAACCAAGCUCUCCUGUCUCUGCUCCGCUCGAAUCUGACAGCAGCCCUGUCCAGAGCAAUGCAAUGGAGAGCUCCAUGGUCGGCAAGGUGCAAUGUGACAACUAUUAUGCUUGUCCCGAUGGCACCACCUGCUGCCACCACCCCACAGGCCUGUGGUUCUGCUGUCCGUACUCUCCUGGUAGGUGCUGUCUAGAUGGGUACCACUGCUGUCCCUAUGGCUAUGACUGUGACCCCACAUACACAAAGUGUGUGAGGUACGGCAACCUGAGGUACCCUUUUGCUCCGAGGCAGGCCCCUUCAAUGAUCGAAGCCAUCAAGGUCUCCAAACCGGAAAACAAGGUCCAUGAUCAGCAGGUCUCAUGGACAGCUCUAGUUCAGGCCGCUGACAGCACGCCACAGGCUGGAGUCACUCACUGUGACACUAAAUUCUAUUGUCCUUCUGCAACCAGCUGCUGCAAGGGACCUAAUGGCAAAUGGGGAUGUUGCCCAUUCCCACUGGCGAAGUGUUGUGCAGAUGGCCUGCAUUGCUGUGAAUAUGGAUACACCUGUGACCCAAACUCAUACAAGUGCAGGAAAUGGUACUCUCAGAUUCCUUCAGGUCUGAAGGAUGAUGCUAAUCAGGACUGACACUAUUUCAAAUGAUUUAUGAUCUUGUCACUGUACUGACAUUGGAUUGUACCCUUUUUGUGAAUGCAUUUGAAUUUAACCUUGCACUGAUGAAUACAAGAAUGUUAAAUCAUGUCACCCAAUCAUUUAAAUGUUUCCUUGUUGAGUAUUUAGUGUAUCAUUCCUUAUAGGCUAUCAAUCUCCACUGGCUAAAUGGUAUCAGAGUCAAAUAUUUAUGUACAGUAUGGGUGUGUUCGUAAAUUAAUUCUGGAGCGCAUGGGUGUGCUCAGAGUGCGCUCUGGGCGAUCAUAAAUUCAGAGCGCUGUCAAGAUUGUCAGUUACUACAUUCAGAGCGCACACUAGACGCUUUGGCCAAGGAGUAGGGUUGAUCCCAUCAUUCUGACCUCAACUGCAGUCAAGCACCCAAGCUAACUGGCUAACGUUGGCUAGCUAAGACCAUUUUACUCAGCCUGUCAGAGCUGGUUAGGCUGUUGUCAUGUUAUCCAGAGCGUUGGUGACUGUAACUGUACUGCUGGCAUCACUUUCAUUACGCAUUUCAUUACGCCAACGUUUACUGACACCGGCCUUAUUCAAUGGGUGUUGAGCGUUCAUAAAUCAUCAGUUAUUCUGCGCUCUGGCACACUUAGACAAGAGUGCUCUGAAAUCGGAGAAGAUAGCCACCCAUACUAUGUAUCAUUCAUGCUCCUCACUUUCUGAGCCAUUGCCUGUAUUAUACGUGGAUUGGAGUUACUAUGGUAACAACAUCAAGUAGCUAACGUUAGUUUAAAAAAAAUGUUAUUAUGAACACAACAAAUACAACAAAAAAAACAGAAAUAUACAAACAAGAGUACAUAAACCUAACCAUUAAAUAAUGUAAUGAAACAGCAGUGAGCAGGUCUCGAACCCUCGACCUUCUAGCCCGAGGUCCGGCGCGCUAUCGACUGUGCCGCAAAAGUAUGCUCGUGCGGCAAACUCGAUUUCCGCGGUUUUAAACCCAGGGUCUUUUAUACUUUUAUGGUGCAUAUUGCUUUUUUGUUUUUACAUUUACUGAUCAUUUCAAAAUAAUAUUUCAAUUCUAUCUUAAAUCAUGUGAAAAGGGGUUUGUCCCCUGCUCACUUAAUUUUAUGGACAAAGAAUCUUCCAUGAAAGAUAAACAAAUUGACAAUGAAAGUGAAAUCAGGGUCCAUAUCAUUUGGUUCAAAAUAAAACAUAAUAUCAGAGUCUUUCAAAUUAACAUUAAUAGUUGUUUCUUUUCAAAUAAAAUCUUCUAACUCAUAUCAAAAUCUUCUGACAUAAGAGCAGUCCCAAAAUAAAUUCAGAAGUGUCUUGGUCACAAUCACAAAAUACACAUUUGUUAAAUCUGUGUAUAAUAAAGGUCUUUACAGGGUAUAUUCUAUGAAUGGGUUUGUAUGAAACUUCUUUCACCUUAUUAGAUAUACACUAUUUAUACACUAUUUACUAAAUAACAACGAACUUUUGAUCCAGUUCACUUGUCCUAGGGCUACAUUCUAGUACAUUUUAGCAUAUUGACAUAGUUUCCUUAUAUACAUGUUAUUACAUUUAUAGUAAUAUGUCAAUUCCUAUGUCAAUUCCUUUCAGUUGUAUUGAGGCUACAAAAACAGUUGCACUUUGAGUACUGUUAUAUUCUCCUAAAAGAAGAAUAGCACCUUUAGGGACAGCUCUAACAACAAUUUGAUACUCCUCUGGAGUGAAUAUAACAUUGUGUGUUCUAAUACAUUCUGGAUAAUCAUAUAGUUGUCCAUCAUUAUUCAAUAAUUGUUUAACCCAAAUAAUGUUGUUGUCAGACUAGUUCUAGAAAAACAGUAGCUAACGUUAGUGUUUAUGUAUCUACGGCUAGCUACGAGCCAACAAUCCUGCCUCCUAUCUACAAUGGCUGAAAUGUCUGCUAUGAAUAGAAAAUUGAUUCAGAAUCUCGCUGAAACUCUUUCUAAACACGGUCAAACACUGUAAGUAUGAGUUUUGAUAGCUAAUGUCAGUUGGCAGAGAGUCUAUGUUGCGUCCUGAGAUAGCUACGUUACAGUAACGGCUCGCAGAACUUCUUAGUAGCCAACUACCUAGUUUCUUCUUCUCUGCAUUUAUCUAGCUACAGUAGUGUAAUGAAGUGCUAUUUCCUAUGCAAAUGUCCAGCUUACUGCUAUUGCAUUGCUAUAACUGAGACAACACAUAGCAACGCAUUUUCACAGUAAAACAUGGUAGGGCCAUACAGGAUAUCUCUCACACACACACUCACUGAAAAGACACACAGACUUGCCAAGACAGGAACGCACACACGCAGCCCCUCCCCUUCUGGAUGGGCUCCAAAGACAAAGAACUCUGUCGAGAACCAAUGGGAUACUGACACCAGGCUGGAGGAGACUGUCUAUCAUCUACGAACAACCUACCAGGAGCCAGGACUACCAGAAUCUACCUACGUCAUUUCAAUGUAUAAAAUGAACUGUACGAUUGUGACCGGCCUCUCUUUUUUCCAAUGGUUCGCUUGAGAACUUGACGAAACGGAGCCGUGCACGUAAUUGCCAGAUAUCAUUACUCUUGAAUAAACGGCCUUUACUAUACCGUA